CUGGCAGCGUCGUCAGGAUCUCCGGUUUGUGUUAUAAACUGCGACGCUCAAUGUGAGGGAGCGAGCAGUGAGGGGAAGCUGUGCAUCAGUAGACGUUGAGUGUACAAGGUGGCGCGUAUAAAUAUUUAGCCUCUGUUAUUAAUCACUACGUUACCAAGAUGUCGAUUGGGUCCACGGUGCCGUUAAUGAUGGGUCGAGUAGUGUUGCUGAUGAUGGUGGCGGUGGUAAUUACUGGAGGAAUGUUGGUUGUGGAUGCCAAGCCUGGACGAGGGCCACACUUUGACACCUCUAUCAAGGAGUAUGAUAAUGAGAGAACAUGCUGGACCGGUGAAGUAUGCAAGACAGAGUUCCAGGCAGAAUUUCGAUGCAAGUGCCCCCGAUGGUACUGGUGUCGUAGCCCUGGUCGCUACUACCAUGCAUAUUGUACUAUGUCUGCUCUCGGCUACAUAUGGAUCCAGCCUGGAGGACUGUUGCCUGAGGAUGCACUUCAUCAAUAAUUUACCCAACAGAGGCAACUAACAAACACUUGCUAUAGCUAAUGUUUAUAGAGUACAGUAUUCAUCUUUGCAUGAUUGGGAAAUUUGAAUUUGAUUUGCACCUCCUAUCUUAAACAUAAUACUGUACUGUAUUAAAAGAACUACAGUACAGACAUUGAUUUAAAGGAAAAAUCAGUACUAGUUGGGGACACUUACACCAUUUGAUCACAACAGUGUAGGGAAUCAAAUGGCACUACAGCUAUAGUAUGUAUUGCUGUAAUUUUCUGUUCUGUUACAGUUUCUUUGAAUUAGGAUUUAUAUUACAAUACUGUAUUAUAUAAAUCUGCACAGGUUAACUCAAUUCUUUUUUUACAGUCUUCAGUAACUUGUAUCACUGGUAAUCAUAAACAGGUGCAGCAGACCUACCAUUGCUUAUAUUAUUAAGAGUGGCAUCAGCAAAGAGAUAACAAAGGACUUUUGAAUUCAAAUGUGGACCACUUUAGUACUGUAGGUUUUGCAGAAAGAAAGAUGUGCAACAGCUGAAUAUGGUAUUAAAGAGUUUACUACAGCAACCUUGUUACCCUCUGUUAAGAAUGUUCCCUUCAACUCGGCAGUCUAGUUUUGUUCCCAUAAAUGCAUCACCUCACUAGUAAAUACAGUACUGUAGGAGAGCUUGUUGCUGUUGACAGUUACACACAGCAUUCUCUAGACUGUAUUUUGUUAUACUGUACAGUAUAUCAUUUGUAACCAGAUGACAUGAGGAAAGAUUUUGUAACUACCCUGGCCUUUCAAGGCAGGGUCCUGCGUAUUGCACCUUGGUUGUUCUCUCUCACGUCUGGUGACCAUCGCUCCUGUCACUGAGAGUCAUUCUAGUUUGGUGUCAUAAAUGCAUCCCUUUAUUUACUACAGUACGAAAAAUGGUGCUGACUUCUCAUCUUCACAUAAGCCAGGUUUUCAUGUUCAUUAUGCACAAGGCUUCUGAUAACUUUUUUGCUCACAAAAUGAUGGGUAAAAUAAUUAUCAUAGCUUCUCUGAGUAGCCUUGUGUUACAGGCCUCAAUGAGAGAGAGGGUGUGAGGUAAGCCUUUAUUGCUCAAAGAUAUUUCACAAUAUCAGUAGAACUUGACAGUUGAGUUAAAAAUUCCCUACUCUCAAGGUGAUUUAUAUUUUGAUAUGAACUGCAUAGUACAGCCAUAUCAGUGUAUCAGUCAGUGGAAAUUCUUCUGAAAUUGUAAAAAGUCUUUUGUUGAUAACCAAAACUCCAAAUACCAAAAUUUAUGUGGAUAACACUAUAAACCGCUUGAGUCAUAUUAUAAAUUUAUGUAAAUGUUUUUGGCGACUAUAAUGGCCAAUAUUUCUGACAAUCCAUGAAAGCAGGGAUGGUUUGUAUUGUAUAUCACAACAUAUAUCUUUUAGAAUACUGUAGAGUUAAUAUAAGUAACAUUAGA